AUUCUUGCUCUCUAUUAUGUUAAAGCUAGCAUAAUUGAAAUCGAUGUGUUUGUUUAAUUCUUAUUCCUAAUACCUUGCAGUUUUCCUUCAUCAGUUGCUUUCCUAUUUUCCACGCUGGCAUAAAGAACAGCGAGUAUCGUCAAGUCUGUCUGACAUUCGUGUUCACCUCGCCUUUGAACCCUUGGGUCUUGCAUGCCAGUCUUUUACCGCCACCACGGGAAAUACUGCACGACCAAACGUAUUGGUCAACCUGUCAAAAAAAGAAAAAAAAAAAAUCCUCCUCACACUAUCUUCUUCUUCUUCCACAGAAUUCCAGAUCCGGUGGACGGCUGCCAGCAAACCCCCCUAGAAUAGUGGUGGACCGCUGGUGGAAGUAGUAGCAGCAGCGGCAAGAGUUGGUGGUGGUAGAGGGGGUGUUCUCCCAGAAACCAGUCACUCACUUCUCAGCUGAGCUCACUCAGUCAGAUCUCAGUUGCCGCCGGACGGUCGUCGAGGAAAGGUUGCGUGGAUGCUGCGUCUGUUGCAGCUUCACAUCGCCCAACGCCGUCCUGACUCUUCUCGCCUGGUAAAGCCAAGGUCAAAGAUCACCAGAGUCGGCGGUCAACGCCAGGGCGACUAACCGUUUCGGACAAAGGUUAACUGGAGAAGACUCCAGGGAACAAAGGUUUUGCAUUUUCGAACCUUUAAGGGAUUUUAUUUCGGCGAAAAAGAAUUAUUUAUUGUGGCCCGACUCGACAGUGGAGAAUUACAUUAUUGUUGGUUACGUUAUUAUUUAUGGAAAUGAUUAGAAGUUUAUGAAAAUUCGCAUCGAAAAUGAUUGUGAUCAGUUUCGCGUCUAUAGUGAGUAUGUAAAAAAAAAAAAAAAAUUCUCAACAGAAAACUUCCCUCUACAGAAUUUGACUUCCAGGCUUAAGUUCAGAUUUCAAAGCAACAGAAAUUUGCUGCUGAACGUUUCUUCAGUAAAAAGAAAGUGGCGAUUGAAAGCUCCGACCUUGAAAAGCCCAAAAGUGACAGAAGCAAAAAGUGACGAAAGGAUUUAACAGAAAAAAAUUUAUUCAUUCUAUUUGUGGGGAAUAACGAAGUGGGUUCCCGAGGAUUAGAAAGCAACCGGGAUACAAAGCAGACGAGAAAAUCCGAAAUUCAUGCAAGCGUAUUAACCCGGAGUGCCAGGAUCUAACUUCAGAAGUCACGCUUUAUCUAUCGGAGUUGGCAACACGCCCACCUCCGCCCACACUCCUUUGCGCCCACGUCAGCCAUGACCUGUUCUUGAGGUCGGUCAGGACGUUGUUAAGUGUUUGAUAGCAAAGAGAGAGAGAGAGAGAGAGAAGUGAAUUUUGAUUGUCUAAUAGCUUUUGAAUACUUGUAAGACUGGUUUUAUUUAUUAAUUUUCUCCAAGAAAAAAAAAAAGCUGAAAAUCAAAGUCCCAUUUAUAAAGUGAACUGAAUCGUAAAGUUUAUGAAAAUAACUUGAAGGAAGCGAUAAAAAGAAAAUCUAUAUAAAACACAGAGAUAACUAAUUCUUUUGGAAGUUCAGGAAAAAUAACAAAUCGGAGAGAAACCUGUUAUUCACUCUGUAUCUGAAAUGCCGGGAAGAUGUGCUUGUUAGCCUUACCUGAUCCGACCAAGACAUCGAAGCCAGCGAGGAAAAAUAGCAAGACAAGAACCCUGUGAGACGUCCCUUUCUUAGCCCCAUCAAGAGCUAUUAAGAUGUCGUCCAGCGCACAUUCGUCCAUAUCCUCUGGGAGCAGGGGCAUUCCCCCUGCCCUGCCCCCACCCAAUGGGCCUAAUCUAGUCCCUCUGAACAUGGUUCUCACGCCGAAAAAUCUCCUGAAAAAGUACAAGCUGCCCACAGCGGCCCAUCUUCUCACGCCCACGGCACCCCCGGGCCUGGAUCUCUCGCGCCCACUUCUCCUCUACAAUACUUAUAAUUCCAUUAAGGUUCGUGGUGUAUCUCUGAAGCCAGGCAGAGAUGGAAGCCUAACUCCUGUGGGACCCACCAUUGUAAUCCCAGAUUCUUACUCAGGUUGGUUUUCCAUUGUUGGCAACGACGGGCAGAUGGCUUCGUUUUACUCUACUGUGGAACAGGUAGCUAAUGGCCACGUGACCUUUUUCCUGACGCGGUAUGAUGUUCCUGCUUACACCAAUACAGAAGAUAGUGAUGGGCGUAUCCACUACCAAAAGACAAUUGUGCAGAGUGGCCAUGUCCUAAAGUUUAUGGGAGUCUAUGAAGACCUGAAUGUACAAAGAUCUAACAGCAGAAGGCCUCAAGAUGCCUCCUCUGUUUUUAACUGCGACAAAUAUGCUCAGUGUCUCAACUACAGAAAUGAGGUGGUGUUCUUGCCGUUCUCGGCAUCAGGUCGUUUCUAUACAACGGCUCACAAGAACAGCAAGAACUCAAACCACGUGUACCUGAUGGCGCAUAUCCUCAAGAACCACAAGUUACCCAUCACAGUUAGGCUUGUUUGUGGUUACAUGCCAAGGGUGCCUUGCAGUUUCACUGGCCUGCUGCGCUUAGAAAAGCAGCAGAAAGAAGCUGUGAUUUUGGCUUGCACGAUGACCAACGAGGCUGAUGCAACAUUGUUCGAGAUAGACGUAUCUUCCAAUUUUGUCCUGAAACCUGUAAAAGAUCCAAUGUUCCCCAAGACACCCAUCUUCCUGAAGACUGUUUCAUACUGUGAGGACGAAGCAGAUGCCUGGCGGAGACAGAUAAAGGUAACGCAUCAUGUGACUGAAAAGAGGUCAAGGUCAUUGACCCGUUCAUUGAGCGACAAAUUUGUAGAGCCCCUGGCCAAUGUUCGUCCUCUGAGCCUCUCAUUCUUGGCUGAUCCUGACAAGAAGAAGAAUCGUGAGAGAGAGAAGUCUCAAGAUGGCAAGCCACCACCUGUCUUCAAAGAUAAGAGUAAAGACAAGACGAGGGACCACAAAUUCAGGGAGUUCAGAAGCCGGGAUAAACAAACUGAGAAGACGAAAUUCAAGUAUCAUGACAGAAGCGGAAGCUUCAGUGGUUUCCCUUUGAAAGACCAGAUCCUUGCAAAGAAGAACUCUGAUGGCAGGAAAGUGUCCAAACAGAACACUUACGUUCUCCAGAAUGGAAAGAGCUCCAAACACCAAGAGAAAAAGGGGGAAAGUGAGGGUAGUCUUAUUUCUAAUAGGUCAGUAGAAAACAUGGACUAUUCACGUGUAAUAGAUGAUAUUAGUCCUAUUCCUGAAAGCAGUGAUGAAGGUGAAAAUCCUUAUGCAGAAAUAUGUGAUUAUGGACUAAGGAGUCCAUGUAUGAGUGACAGAGGACCCAUAAGCUUACCAAAUUUGAGUCUUUUCAAUGAGAGAGACGAAGUUUCAAGUAAUAUUAGUAGAUGCAGCUCAAAGGACAAUGAUUCUAUCAAAAAGCGACUCUUGUGCAAGAGUAAAUCUUCCACUGAGAGUAUUAGAUCCAGAUUAAGUAUUUUAAAUAGAGGAAGUAGCUUAGAUAGAGAUCAUUUUAUGACUAAAGAAAUCUUAUCUGAAAGCAGGUCCUCCAGUGUUAAUGGUAUUGCAAAGAUCAACGUUGUACACAAAACAACUAAAGUUGACCAGGAUAACUACAUCACAAAAGAAAGCAAGAGUAGGACUAGGUCGCCGAGUGAGAAAAGUGGUUCGAAAAUAAGCAUCGUGAGCACUGAGACGAAUCUCAUCCAGCACAAUUUUGACAACCUGAAAGAGAACCUCUCUGAUUCUAAUGAUAAUGCUCUGGACAAGGACAAAGUAAACGAAGUCUACAUUAUCAGGGUCGUUGUCAAGGAUGAAGAAGAAGAUAGGAUGUCCACCCUCACCAAAAGCAGUUCAGGGGGUAUUUAUAUGAAAAUCAGAGGAUUUGAAGUUCCUAAGGAAGAGCUAAGUAAUGGUAUUACUAGCAGUGAGGUCAACAGUUACGAUUCUGUGUGUUAGAACUGUUUUUGAAGUUCCUAAGACUUAGCUCUUGCUGGAAGAGAUAGUUUGUUCUUGAUAACAGUAAGAAAGUUGUAUCCCCCUGAGAUGCAAAUCUGUUUGGUAUGGCUAAUACAUCAGGAUUUAAAUCAAAAUCUGAAGGCAUACAUUCAUCUUACUUUCUACAAAGAAGAAUGGUAACAAUGAGAAUUUUGAUAGCUCUUCAUAGGUUUUUCUCAUUAGUGUCCAGUCUCUGACAAAAGAAUAAAAAAAAAGUACUGAUGUACUGAUCACAUUGUUGGGGUUUGUGAUUUUUAACUUAUUGAUUCUCAUUACAUCAAAUACCUUCACUGGAAGGGGUUGUAGAAUGUAUUCUUUUGUUUCUUGAAAUUGUAACUCCUCGAGACCGUCAGUACUCCAAAAAGUAGCCAGCCACCCCACUUGUUCUAUUACUUUUUAUCAUUUAAAGACAAAAUUUCCCCCUGGUGCUCUGAAGAAGAAAGUGGAUGUAGGGAGAAAUUCGUUUCUCCAAAAGAACAAUGAUAGGAGUGUUGGAAGCUCUAGUCAUAUUUCCUAGGAUGUCGGUGUUCAAGUGAAGUUUGAAGCUUUUGUUCGAAGACCUGGAACUCAUUCAUAGAAAAGCAAAGAAAUGCUUACUUGGAAAAGUAGAAAGUUAGUGAAAUUGAUCACUGCAGCAUCGACAACCCUUUUUAAACAAAAAACCAUGUAAAAUAAACAGUUAAACCCUGUACAUUUUGUAAGCACUUUUUCUAUUUGAGCUUUUUAUACAUAUUGUACAUGCAUUACACAAUGAUAACCCUUUUUAUAUAAAUAUGUAUAUUCUG